AUGCAUUGAAGGCAGUUUCAACUAAAUCACCUCUUUCUGUAUCUUAUGACUUUAAUUCUUCAAGUAAGACGAGUCCAAACAAUACUUCCAAAACUGAGAUGAGUACAUCAUCCAUAAUUUCUUCUAGUAAGAUAGGAUUAUCUAACAAAUCCAGACUUCCGAUUUCUAUUUUACCUAAUGAUCCAAAAGAAAAAUGA